UCAUCCAACACCCACUCCCUCACUGUAUUUCAGUCUCGCCGACGUUAGUAUUGCAUGAGGUCAGGAGGGGAGUAGUACGCAGAGAUACCUUAUAGAACUCUAGGAGUACAUACUUCUUGAGAAAUCCAUCGUCUGGUGAAACCCCAGUGACUUCCGCUUCUUGUGACCAAGGCGGCCAUUGUGUGUAAGGCGUCUGUUCGUCGUCGUGCAACACGGUCGGUCCAUCCUCCCCAGGGCAGGCAGCAGCAGUAGCUCUACACCCUCCCCAUCAUCCGAUGGACGCUUGGGUCGCGCUGCAGAAGUACGCUACGAGCAACGAGCAGCUCGCCUGGCUCCAGCGCGAGUUUCUCGCCCACCCUCCGCUUCCGCAACAAACGGUCCAGGACUGGCUUCAGUGGCGAUCUCGUGUCGCCGAGGGCAUGACAGAGCUUGAGGCACUGUCAACCGUUCUCAACCAGACCCAGCACCCGGCCAGUUUCCCGGCAAGCCUUGCGGCCAGCCAGUCGCCGCCGCCAAUUCAGCAGCCCCAACCCCAAGUCUACUUGCAACCGGUCCAACCACAGCUGCUGUUACAACCAGUCCACCAGCUUCCUCAGGCCCAGCAGUUCAACCAGUUCGACUUGUCGACCUUUGGCACUGCUGGCCUGCUUCAACAACAGCAACAGCAGGUCUACCCCGCGUAUGUCAACAUGAACCAGGUUAGGCCUAUGAAUAUUCAGCAGCACCCCGGUCCAUCAGUACACGCAUACGCCCAGCCAACACCUCCCGCGAGACCUGUUCAGAGCUUCAUCGCCCCUGGCUUGAUCCAGCAGGCACAGCAGCUGCAGCCACUCUCGGCCCCUUCUUCGCACCUCCUCCCGCCCCCGACGUCUAUGGCAAGCCAGAUCCCUGCCACAGUUCUCCCGACCCCCGUCCAGCAACCCUUCACCACCCAGGGGCCUUCUGCCCAGACUUCAGCGCAACCUUCCUUCAAGGCACCUCCCGCUCACCUCCGGAGACCCACUCCUCCAGUAAUUCGACCUCCUCAACAGCUGGUCCCUACUGCCAUCCCCCAAACCGGCACGAAGCGCCAGCGCCCCGCUGUCGCUCGCAGACGCAUCAUGCAUUCUCCCCUCCCUCCCUUCAAGGACACGUGGAUCGUUCCCGUCGGAUACGACAUGGCCAAGGGUGCCGCCGCCGCGGCCCGCCGGCCUGACUCGUCCAGGAUGGACGACGAGCCAUUGCCGGUAGACAAGCCUGCACGAGCGGCGCGGUCGAGCACUCCACCUGCCUCUCGCCUGAGCGCGGCGCACGUUGAGGUUCUCAAGGCUGUUCGCAAAGAGCAACUCCAUCAAAACAAACCCUUCCAGCUAUUCAGAUAUCUGAGAUCCAAGCCCGGGACAGAUGGAGGCAAAUUAAAGCCCGAGUUCGUCCCCAACGCGACUCAGCUCGCAGAUAUCCUGAAAAAGCUCGAUGAGGCAUCGGGAUCUUAUCUUCGUCUUAUGGCGGACGACAAGAGAUAUACCGAGGUUAUUCAAAUUUGGAUGAAGCAGAUGCUCAAGAAUCCUCAAGAGUGGGAGCCCGCCAUCAUACCUCUGUUCCGCAUCCUCCAGAGGACCGACAUGCCGGUCAACUACAUCCUCGACCUCAAGAUCGGAAAACUGGCUGUAUGGAUCGGCGAGAAGUGCAAAGAAGCCAAGCUUCCAAACGCCUCUCAAAUUCAAGUCGAGGUUGAAAAGUACAAGAAGUAUUGCGCGGACACCCUCUUGCCCAAAAACCGAGAGAUUCUGAGUGAUUCAGACUCGUCCGGAUCCGAUGAGCCGGUCAAGAAGAAGCGCAAGGCCGAGGAUGUCAAGCCGACUGUCAAGCCGGCCGGAGCCUCUUCUUCGUCCACGAAGCCCGCAGCCAAGCCUGCUGCUAGGUCAGGAGCCAAGCCCGCCUCAUCAAACACCGACAUGUCGUUCUUUGUCGGCGGCUCUUCCGCGUCGUCGAGUAUGACGGCUACCAAGCCCAAGCCCAAGCCGCUUCCCGACUUCAAGAGGACUCCUGUUCAACCUGUUGCGCCUGUCGGUGGUGCGUCGGGCGGCAGCCUUCUGGCUUCCACGAUGAAGAUGCUGGGAAAGAAGGAAGAGUCUCCGCCCCUACGCAUGGACAGCAGGCCCAAUCCUGCAGCCCAACCAGCUGCCCCUCGCGUCGACCCGAACAAGCCCAAGCCCAACAAGAAGGGCCACCUCGUCCGUUGGGUCGACCUGGUCGCAUCCCCUCCCCCUGACCGCCCACUUGAAGCCAUCCGUCCGUUCACGCAGGAGCCUCAUGAGCUCGAGCCGGCGCCAUGGCAAGAGGAGGGCGAAUUACAUGGCAUGUCAGCCCACGACCUCGACAAGCAAGAGGGCCGCGCGAUGCACAUUCACGACGCUCUCGAGGAAGUUGUCGAGUGGAACGAGCCCUCGCCCUACCUCGCCCCUGACCAGCUUCGCGGCCCAGUCGCCACCCUUGAAGUCGACGCCCAAGACGAGCGCGAACGCCCAAUUAUGGCAGUGUCGUACCCGGCUGGUGCCACACCACCGACUCCCGACGAGGCCAGUGUUCGCCUUGUGAAGGACGGCGACAGCACCGUCUCUCGUGUGCUCGACAAGACGCUAUAUACUCCGGCUCCCCCUGCCCCAGCUCCUGCCGCACCGGUCAGCAACGUACAGGACCUCCUCCGCAACUUAGGCGGCGUGAUCUCUCAGGUCGCCCAGCCAGCGGCGUCCUCUUCGUCGUAUGGCUACGACCAGUACGGCGCGCACCAGGGCUACGGCGCCGGCUCGUCGUCGCACGAUCAACGCAGCUGGCAGCAGCAACAGCCUGCCGCGGCGGCGCCGACCGCAAACCGCUGGAACAACAACGGCGCUGGCAGCGGCUACAACGCCGGUGCCGGCAACAACUAUGGCGGCGCGAGCGGUAGUAACUACGCGAACAACAGCAACUACGGCGAGAACCGCACGAGCGGCUUCGGCCGUGGCGGUUACGGCGGGAACCGCGGCGGCGCCGGCGCCGGCGGGCUCAACUACCGUAAGCGGCCUUGUAAGUAUUACCAGGACGGCUUCUGCAAGGCGGGCAACUCGUGCACGUUCCUGCACUGAGUGGGGGGUGCGAAUGGCGACUGGCGCGGCGCGUGGGCGGCUGGCGUGGCGAAAGGCGACUCGCUUCGGCAGUACACUCACAGACGCCAGACGACCACGACUCGACGACGACCCCGCACUUCACGCCUGCUCCGCCACGGGGCCGCCGCUGGGGCCACCCUCAUCGCCAAUAAGCGACCACGAAGCGUUCGAAUCAAUCAACAAGCACUCGAGAAUACAACAGACGAACCAUGAAAGCACACAAUACAACACCAUUUCAAGCAUGCGCACCAAGCGCCCAUUGUUCCGUAGUGUACCAUGUACCUUUUGCAUUGCCCGUCCUGCAGGGCGGUGACGACAUGAAGCCAAGCCAAGCCAAAGCUCGCCUGCGUGCGUGUGUAGGCUGCAGCCCAGCGCCGGUCAUUAGUCUCUGAUACAC